AUGCAUAACAUUCUUUUUUGUAUUAUAAUACCCAAGUCAUUUAUGGCAUCUUCUAAUCUGAUUAGUCGCGAAAAAUUUCGUAAAAUAUUUCGUGAACUUGAUGAUGCUAAAUCAGACAAGCGUUUUAAAGCAUUGGAAACAGCCAGCAAAGAAAUGGGAUGGCAACCAUCAAAUAAAGAAGAAAUUGCUGCAUUUUUAGGACAUGUCGCGCAUGAAACAGAUGGAUUAAGAACACUGACAGAAUAUUGUGGAAGAAAUAAUUCAUGGCAUAAUUAUCAACAGAACAAUUGGAGUUCAAUCCAGCCAAAACCAGGAAACCUAUAUUAUGGUCGUGGUUGGUUUCAAUUGUCGUAUCCGGCUAAUUAUGCUGCUGCCGGGCAAGAUUUAGGAUUGGGAGAUGAGUUAUGGGAGAAACCUUGGCUAGUUGCAGACGAUGAAACGUUGGCAUGUAAAACAGCAAUUUGGUUUUGGAACAAAAAUGGAAUGGGUCCUCUGGCAGCAAAUGGUGAAUUCGGUAAGACAACAUAUAUACUUAAUUCAUGGGAAUGUACAAGUGACGAUGGCGAAACUUUGCAAAAAGAAAGAAUUCAACGUUAUCAAUAUGCACGAGAAUGUUAUGGUCUCCAACCGGCACCAGAUACCAAAGCUUGGUGUCGAAUAAAAUAG